AUGCAAUGUAUCGCAAGCAACGAAUGGGAAAGCAGUACCGCAUCGGCCGAAGUGAGCCUCGUAUGGGACGGCCCGCACUUCACCCACACCUUCCCACCACUGGAACCGCUCAGCCCGGGUCAGUCCCUAUCGCUCAAGUGCUCGGCCACUGGUCUACCCCUACCGCAGAUUGUGUGGACAGUCGACGGACAGCCGGUGUCCGACAACUGGCGCCUCCGUAUAGGGGACUACGUGUCCAGCGAUGGUAUAGUCAACUCAUACGUCAACAUCUCUAACGUCCGGGUAGAGGACGGCGGAUUGUAUAAGUGUCUGGCGCUGAACGGCAUGAACACAGCCGUACACCACAACCAUGUGGUAGUGUUGGGCCCGGUAUUCGUGCGGCCCUUUGCCCACAACAUUACCGCAGUGGCCGGUCAUGCGGUACGGGUCGACUGUCCGGCCAACGGCCACCCAAUACAGUCCAUUCAGUGGUUUAGCGGCGGCUCCGGUAGUAACCAAUGGACAAAACUACCCCAAAAUCACCGGCAAAGAGCCCUAACUAACGGCACGUUAAUCAUCGAGUCUAUAGAGAGCCGUACGGACGAGCGCUGGUAUAGGUGUGUAGUGAACGGGUCGUCAGGGGGUGCAGGGGGUGGGGCCGGUGUGGGGUCAACAGCUCACGGCAAUGUCUACAUAGAGGUAUUGGUGGCCCCCGUAAUCAACCCCUUUCACGCCUCCCCUAACCUCCGGGAA